UAUCCAAACUCAAGGAAAUUGCGGAAGUUGCGUCGUCGCAGGUUCGGACCCUGGAGAUGCAGCACAUCUCACACGAGAAGGAAUGUCUGUCUCUCAGGCAGCAGCUCAUUGACUUCCAGAUGCAGACCGACGAGAAAACCAUCAUUGGUAAGCUGCACAGACACAUCGUCCAGCUGCAGGUGAGUGAGGGGACGGCAGUCAGGAAGCUGGCCGAGGCCACCAAGAAGAUCACCAAGCUGGAGGCGCACGUGUUACGGUGCGAGCAGCGCAUUGACGACAAGGACCAGACGCUCUUCCAUAGUCGGUCCGAGUCUCAGAACAAGGCGCGAUACCUCAAACGAAACCUGCAGGAAUUGAGAAUUCAGUUCGCUGGUGCUGUCCCAUUGUCGAAGCAGGAGAAGUUUGCCAAGAACAUGCUGCAGUUACGACAAGACAAGGGCAAGUUGGAGCAGGAACUCAAAGAAGUAAAGAAUCAGAAGACGGAACUAGAAGACCGGAUCGCUGAGCUGCAGCUUCAGCGCGGGAGUCUACAGGAUCUGAUAGCGACGCUGAAAGACGGGCGUGGGGCGGCCAAGGUGGCGGAGUGGCACUCCAAGAUCGACGUCAUCCGGCUGGCCGAACUCAAGCAGAAGAGACUCAACUCAAAACUCAACCAGCAGAUCAAGUACUUGGAAGGUGUUAUUCAGUCUCAUGAACUGACCAUUGCAGAUUUGGAAGCUGAUAAUGUCAGAGUAAUAAAGGAGUUUGAAGAACGUCAGUUAAGAUGGGAGCAGAGAGAAGUAGAUCUGGAGAGACAGCUCGAUUCCAUGGAGAAACAGUCGUCAGAAAUUGCUGGGGCGGCAUCUCAGUUUGAAGAAGCGUUGGGACGUAUUCCAGAUGCUAAACUGCCGCUGGCCAAUCAGCUUGAAGAAGCUAUUGUGAUCAUUAAACGCAAUGUCAAGAUUAUUCUCGACACACAGGCCGAGUCCAAGUUGGUCAAAGAGCGAAAUAAAGAACUAGAAAAGAGAGCGCGAGAAGCAGAGCGGACGGUGUUGGAGAGAGAGAAACUCAUCUCGGAGCUGCGUCUACGAAUGCCUGCCACAGCCGACCGUGAUGAAAUCAUCCUGAAGGCGACGACCAAAGUCAGUGAGGCGAUGUCGAGGCAGGUUCUGAACAAGGACUAUGAAAGUGAGCAGGCUCUCAAGAUAGCGCAGUCCACGAUGGGCAGUCUGCAGGCGCGUAUUGCUCAGAAGGAGGAGACGAUCGUGAAGUACCAGGAGUUGUUAAAGCAGGCGCGCGAGGAGAUGCACGAGAUGAUCCAGAAACACCAGCAGGAGCUGCAUGCCAUGCAGCAGAAAGUGCAUAUGAACAACGAUGCCGCAUUCAACAAGUUCAGGGAGGCCACACAGCAGUUCCUCGCCAGACAGACCACCAUGAAGGGGCCCAGCUCAAAACAGAUUCAACGGUUGAAUGAACUGGAAGACACAGUCGCUGAUCAGGCAAACAUGAUUGCUGCACUGACAGAGAAACUUCGCCAAAAGGAAGAAGAAAUCAUCGCUGUCAGAGUCAAACUUCAACAGCAAGAUCGACACAUUGCAGUCGAGAGAGACCAAUUGGCGGACGACUUGAGGACGGAGAUAGCCCAGAAGGAGCAGGAGGUGCAGGAGUGUCGGCGGCUGAUGGCCGACAUGCGGAAGGAGAUGGAAAUCCUCAAUGAGGAGAUCGCCGUGCUCAAGCAGAGCAGCUCAAAAACACCGACCGCCACGAUGAAGAACCUCGUCGAGAGGCUCAAGAACCAACUGGCUCUCAAAGAGAAACAACACCAGGCGCUGACUAAAGCUCUGACGGAGCUGCGGGCCGACAUGGUGACCCAGGCCCAGGACAACGUGAAGGCCCACGCUGAGGACGCGGGUCAGGAGAGGAACAUACAGCGGCUCAUUGACCAGCACACCAAGCAGAUGGCGGAGCAAAUAGAAGACCUGCAGACUCAGAUGGACAGACUGAAGAAGGAGCUGAAGAAAAAGAAAGACAGUGAGAGUUCGCUGCAGUCAGAGCUGGAAGAUAUUAAGGAAGAGUUGGCUCAGAAGGAGAGAAGUUUUACUAAAUGUAAGAGAGAUAAGCAGAGACUGGAGCAGGAGGUGGAUGAGUUGGAGAAGAAAGUCGAACGGAUGAACACAAUCCGAUCACAGAAGGUGGGUGGUGAGUUUGAGAAGCAGCAGGAGCUGGAUGAAAUGAGGAGGAGAGUUCGACUCCUGGAAGACGAGCUCCGGAAACGGCAACACACCGCCGAGAAACCCUACGAGAAGGAGGACAAACCCAAGCCAGACGAUGCGGCCGUGAAGUGGGAGGAGAGUAAGAAGUGGCAGCGGACGGUCGACAAGAUGAAGACGAAGAUGAAGGAGAAGGACCAGGAGAUGGAGAAACUGCAGAAAACCCUCGAACUGACCAAGGCAGCGCUCGAACGGUCAGUCGCAAAUAUCAUCACUUGUUAG